AUGACUAAUUUUGAUACUAUUCUUCCAAGAAUUCCUAAUAUAAAUGUACUAACAACAAAUCAUUCAACUCCUCGUGAAUCCCUAUUCUGGAAUCAAACUCAUAUAACAAAUAUGAUACGUACACAUCAUCCAAUUCUAUACGUUAUAUCGGUCUAUGCAUUACUUCUCAUUAUUGUUGGAACAAUAGGAAAUAUUUUAACUAUCAUCAUUCUAUUUCGGCCAUCCCUAAGACAACAUACAACCAUGCGUUAUUUAAUCGCCGUGGCUACAGCAGAUCUCUGUUCGUUAUAUUCAUGGAAUUUAAAUUUAUUCUAUAAACAUUUAAUUAAUCCGAGUCAAAAUGACCUUGAAGAUCUAUCUCUCAUUUCUUGUCGUUGUCUAUCAUUUCUUGCAUUCGUUAGUUUGGAAUUAUCAUCAUGGUUUUUAACAUUAGUUAGCGUAGAUCGAUGUCUUAGUAUAUAUUUUUUAUUUUGGCAUCGAAAAUGGGGUCGAGCUAAAUAUGCAAAUUAUACUAUUCUUACUCUUACAGUCAUAAUUAUAUUGACGAAUAGUCAUCUACUUUUUCUCAAUGGAUAUAAACAACUGAAUUGUAUUCCACAUGGAAAACGUACGUGUAUUAUUUGCUAUUCAAAUCUUCAUGAUCCCUAUUAUAUAUUUCCGAAAUGGGAAAAAAUACAUGUUAUCGUUUAUAAUAUUAUACCCUUUUCAAUAAUGUGUAUUUCAAAUAGUUUUAUCAUACGUCGUGCUGUAGCAUCGAUAGUUAAUAUUAAAAAAAAUGCCAGUCAAAGUCAUCGACAACAUAAACAAAAACAAUUAACAUAUCUUCUUCUAUUUGUGACUUUUCUUUUUGUUCUAUUAACAACACCAGUUAUGAUUUAUAAUGUUUUCCUAAGAAAUUAUUUAGCAAAGAAAAAACUAUUGAAAUACAUCUUACAUGGAACACUUUUAUGUAUGCAAUUUACAAGCCAUGCAGUAAGUUAA